AUGAAAGGAGAAAAGCGUGUAUCCCUCGUGGAAAAACGGAACAAAUGGCCAUGUGGGACCGAGCUUACAGCGUUCUGCGAGGACCAGAGGAUGCCUUUGCCGAACGAAGCACAUGUUGUGACGCACUCCAUGAAAACCGAACGCGAAGCCUCGGCGGCGUUAGAAUUGUCCGUCAAGUCGACAGGUCUGGACCGACUGCCCAUGCCAGACCAGCUCGGCAGAGGCAUGGCUCGGGUCAACGCGCCACCGACGGCCUCGGCCUCGGCCUCGGCGGCGCCCGCAGCAACUGGGGCAAUUCGGCCCGCCUCCCGACCGGAGAAUGCCGAGACGGGUCGCAGAAUCGACGCAUCUGCCCGACUUUUGAGG